AUGCAUAAUGUCACCUCUCAAGACGAUAUCGCCGCUCCCAUUGCCCAGGAUCCCAAGGAUGUCUCAGUCCAAAACAACAACUCCGCUUCUGACGAGCCUAUCAAGGAGGAUUAUUCCCCGGACCAGGAUAAAGGCCAGGCUCCAGGUGACUCACUGGCACCAGAAAAUCUUAUUAGUGCAGAGGAAGCCACGCACGAAGAGAUUGAAGCUGCUGAAGCUGCGCUUACAGAAGAGGACUCUGAUGGAGCAGACGUUACCGCAGAUGACGAGACUCCCGCCCAAGAAGUAGCUUCUAAUAGGGAGAAGGAGAAAGCAACAACUGCUGAAUCUUCAUCUGAAGUACAAGCUGGCACAGAAAAUGACACAAAGGCAACUGCUCCCGAGGCUGCUGAAGCCGCGGUGGAAGUCGAGACGGUCAAGGCAGAGAAUACACCCGUCAAGCCGGAUCAUGAUAUUUCUGAGGCAUUCCCAACUGGGGACCAACCAGAAAGUCAACCCGAGGGGGUUGACCAAAGAUCUACCGCCGAAUUUGGCGAGGUCUCAGAAAAAGAAGACGUGGGUGCAGAAGCCGCUCGGAAUGCUGCGAAUGACGAACAUCCCAAGAGAGCCGCUAUCGCAGAGGAGAAUCUUUCGGAUGUUCAGCUACCAGAGGAGCAACUUACUGACGCGCCAGCUAUGGGAGACCCUCAGACCCAAGAUAAUGACCAACUUGGGGGCAACCAAGACGCGGAAUUAUUCCAAUCCAAGAAGGUCUUUGAGCAAGAGAGUUUACCAACAGGCAAUGAGGUGCAAGCCCAACCCGAUUCUCGGGAGGCCCAAGUGGAAGUCAGUGAAUCACCCCCGACAACCCAAGAGCAGGAAGAGUAUCUACCAACCACUGCCAGCAAAGAUCUUGAAGAUGGAGAUUCCGAACACGGGGACACUCAACAUCCGUCAGAAGAACAAUUCGUUGGUGAUAUCUCUAACGCAGUUGAGGACAAUUCCACUGUUGGACCUUCUAACGCCGCCACCGACCCCCCUGCCAACAUCAACUUGACGAAGGACGCUGAGGUCGACGAAGAAGCGGAGUCUCUCGAGUCCGAGUCCGAGACCCAGGUCGAGGUUAAGAAGAUUGAAGAGGACCAAGAUGCUGAGGAAGAGGCUUCUGCUGCAUCUGGCGAUGAAGAUCAGACCAAUAAUAUCGACGAAUCCGCUUUUGUUGGUAGCCCGAGCGUGCUCGAGAAUGCUCUACUGCGGAACUUAGAUGAUCACGAGAAGGAUCACGAGCUCUGGGACAUUCCCAAGUCUGUUGAGCAUAUCACAGAAGAGACAAAUGCUUCCAAGGAGGCUGAGCAGACAGAGGAGGAAAAAGUUGCCGAAACCUCCACCGAAGUCUCCGACCAUGAUGAGACCGAGAGCUCGCUCACACACGAUCCGUACGACGAAAAUCUCAAAGACGUCAUUGAUAGCAAUGAAAAAGUCCCCAAGACAGAUGUUGCACAUGGACAGGUCAACGCCGUUAAUGACGAAGCUCAGGCACAAGAAAUUGAAAUGUCAGCGGACGAAGAAGAUACCCGCAACAUAAUUCGGAUUAAUGUAUCUCAUGAGCACGACGCUCAAGGUGCUGUAAGAAGCGACUCGCAAAUCAGCGACGCGGACGUCAAGUUCGAGCCUACGCAACACAACUCUUAUCUUGCUGAAGCCGAUGUCAUGAAUCAGUCCCACGAAGACGUCAGUUUCGAUAAUGUUGAUCGUUCGCGUGGGCCCGAUCUUUCCGACAUUACCGAGCACACUGAGCCCGCCCCAUUCUUUGCUGGCCACGCUUCUGAUGUAACCGCGAAGUCCAACGAGUACUUCUAUCCCGAGUCUGUGAGUCGCGACGUUUCUGCGGCUCCUGAUGCUACGCUCGACAGUUCUUACAUGACUGAAACAUCGAGCAUGGCUGCGGAUCAGAGACAUGAACAUGAACAACAACAUGGAAGCUUCUUGCAGGGCACCGUCGCCUUUGGCCACGGCGACAACGGUUAUGUUGCAACAAGUCAAGCCCAUCUUGACGAGGAAGAAGACAAUCACUCCUCUUCUGUUCAGAGUGUUAGGGAAGAAAGCGACAUUGACGAGCCGUCAGAGACCUCCUAUAACCCAUUUGCCACAAGAAAUGCUGCGAGCUACGAACAACCCACAUACCAGUCAUCAGAUAUCCCAUACAACCCAUUUGCACUGCAAACAGUUGUCGAAGAGGAGCUGCCUCAGGAAACGUAUAAUUCUUUCGCCAAACGGGUGGCUGGUGACGCGUCGGAAGCUUCCUACAAUCCCUUUGCUCGAAACACAACUACUGCUGCCGACAACUUUCUUCGAUCAGCUAGCGCCUUUGGCCAUAGCCAGCCAUCUUCUCCUGAGCAGAGUUUCGCUCGGUCUACUAGUGCGCAAGGGCGACGCGACAGCGUUGGCUCCAACAAUCCAUUUGCUAGAAGCAUGACUCCUGCCGACCAGAACUUUUUGCCAACGGCCAGUACUCUCGGACAGCAAGAUAUGGCGCAAUCUUCCAACAACCCCUUUUCUCAAAGCAUCGGAGCACAGGGCCCCUACGAGUCGGACGACACCGAUACUGAUGACGAGGAGGCACUCGCGGCGGCCGAAUCAACGUACAAGAACUUAUUCCCGGUGCGAAACAGCCCCCCGGUUGCCAAUGAUGACUUAGCAUCUGCAGCGCAAAGCAUUGAACGCCGGCAGCCUACCCCUCAAGUUCCUGAGUCUAUGUAUAACAACCCCUUUGCUACAAAGAGCAGUAUGGCGGGAAGCGACGUUGCCGAACCACGGUUCCAUCAGAACUACUCGUCCCCAGCCGGUAGAAGUGAUUACUCAGUGGCGGAUGUUGAUGGGUCUAUGAACCCAGGCGCUCAGCACUUCGUUCAAGAGAGCAGCCCGCUUUCUGCCAGGAAUCUUGCAUCGACAACUCUGGACAGCAUCCAGGAACGUUACAAUAGCGAGUUGGAGGAUAUGGAUUCCGACUCUGAAGAGCCAGAGAGUCUCACAACCUCUCAGCAGCUGCCGACUUCGCAACACCGCACCAUUCCCCCUAUGCCAAGCAUCGCUGAGAGUUCAUUUCAAGGCUUUGACGACUCCGAUGAUGAGGAAGACUGGAAACCCCGCGACGCUCAAACCAGCCAUAUCGAUACUUUGUUGACAUCUUCCGAGUACAGACCAAGCCCACCUCCCCCUCCCCCACGUACCCCGAGUUCCCAGGGCAUUUACUCUCAAGAGGUGGAAGACUCAUCCGAAGAUGACGGUGAUAUCUUUCGUGCCAGCCCUGCUCAAAUAGCACAGCCAAACACACUCUCAUCAUCACAGUAUAGCGCAACGCCUCCAACAGCCCCUCCACGCGGCCUCAGCUUUCAAGAACACCAUGAUCAGCAGCCAGAAGACUCUUCGGAAGGGGAACAGAACGAAUGGGAUGACGACUUCACGCCUGUACAGACAAACACUUUCCUUACCUCGCAGUCCGGAGCCAUUCCACCUCGCCCACCGCCUCCCCGUGCCCCCAGUUCCCUCUCACAGACCCAGCUUCACGUGGAGGAUUCAGACGAGGAAGAUCAAGGUGUCUUGCCCUCGAGUAUUGCCCACCCUAACAUCCCUACUGCAUUGUCAACGUCCGGGCACCGGGCGACUCCUCCGCCGCCACCACCACCGCGUGUACCCAGCUCCCAGGGCCUUGAUCAUCAAGAGCGUCAGGACUCAAGUGAGGACGAAGCCCCACACAGCCAAAACAUUGCUCGACCUGGUCAGUUCCCCUUUUCAUCUUCAUCUCAGUCUAGGGCCACUCCACCCCCGCCCCCGCCUCCGCGAGCACCAAGCUCUCAAGGACAACACCGCCGGAAUCUCGAGGAUUCGGAUGAUGAAGAGGAUGCAUGGGACUCGAGAGUCACUCGGCCCGGCCAAGUUUCAACUCUACCGAUGUUGCAGUACAUGGCGACCCGGUCACCACCUUCGCCUCCGCGUGCGCCCAGUGUACAGGACAGCUACCGUCAAGAACUUGAGGACUCUGACAGUGAGGAGAAUGAGGAGGCAUGGGAAGCUAAUAUGUAUGGUCAGGCAACGAACGUGAUGGGAGCCAGCAAUCUGAUGGAAAGCAACCAUAUGGGAGUUGGCCCGACAGGAUCAGCAAGCCCGUUAGGAAUGGCUCCGAUGAUGACUUCCAGUUUACCAGCAUCGACAAGCCCUGUGAGGUCCACCGACCAGAUGUCGCAGACCGGUGCGAUGAAGUCAGCAUCCAGGGAGUCGGUACCGGCAGCAAGCAGCCAGGACCGUCAAAGUCAUCAAAAAGAAGAAGACGGGGAAGAAAGCGAUGAUUCUUGGGAGAACAUUGGGCAACGCGGUGAGGCACAUGCAGACCCUCCAGCAGACCAAGCAUCUACCGCGCCCACGCCACAGCUGCGCGUUGACAGCUACGAGCAACAGUGGCCGAACGCGAGUAAUGACCAAAUUUCCACAGCAUCAACUUAUCUUCAGCCCACCGGACCAGGGGACUUCACCGAUACGGAGUCUCAGGAGUACGCCACCCCACUGCCUUCAGCCGGUUUCAGCACAUCUUCGCAGUACACACAAGGAGCCGUGGACUCGCCGCGGCAUCCAGGAUCAUCUGGCAUGAAGGAUACCUAUGAUCAGAGUUACAACCGAGGGAUCCCAAGUCCCUCGUAUGACCAAGAAAGGUCGUUUGGCAGGGAGUCGUCAUUAGCUGAAGAGCUUGCCCAGGACUCGGCCUCGGACUCAGACGUCAGCGAGUACGAUCAUACACAAGCACCUGCUUUCCUGACCCAGAUCGGCAUUACUCAGCAGCAACAAGAAUCCAACGAACCUGUUCUGGAGCAAGUCAUCGAUUCGUUUCAUAGCGAUGAAGAUGACGGACCCAAAACCGCAGUAAUCUCCUCUGAAGACCAUCCAGCACAGUACGCAUCGUCUCGCUUCGGCGCAACGUCUUGGCGUGACGAGCUGCGGUCGCCCACUCUGUUUGGAGCCACGAGGCACAGCCGCUCGGGAUCCCUAAGAGAAGAACUCCAGAAGUCUCUUCACAACGAUGCCGAGUCUAGCUAUCCAUCGCCCAUUCAGUCUGCGUAUCAUCCAGAAUCACAGGCGCAGGACCCAUACGAGCAACAGCAAUCUCAUGGGUACGGCCAAGAAGUACUUGGCCAAAGCCCGCAGCUGUACGAACAAGAUCAUUAUGCCCCGCAACAUUCGGGACAGUCUCAGAAUGGCAAACACCAUUUCGAGGGGCAACCCUACGGACUUGCCGGAGAUACCCAGGAGCAAUUCCAAGCUCGGUCUGCACAGCCGACAGCAUCGCACCCUGAAGUUCAAAUAUCAGAAGUACAGGAAGAGGAGGAAGAGAACGAGCAGAAAACUCCGCAUCUCGCACCACAGCAAAGUGAGCAAGCAUCGGAAAUCAGCCCCCUAGCGUUGCGCCAAGAGUCGCCUGCGACGCCGUCGUCGCGGGGGACCCCUUCUCGUGGCCUCGCGUUCAGCAGGCACAAUCCUGACCGACCGCAGACACCGCCUACUCUGUCGGCCACAGAAGAAAAUAUUGAUCCCGAGUUGAUCAUUCCGCGCGACGUAACAAAUCUCCCAUGGCAUGCUCGGAACGACUCAGUUCCGCACUCGAUGCGAAGCCAAAGUACCAUCGACUCCAUGGCAUCAUCGCCGGUGCACUCGGCGUUGCAUGCUGACAAGCACGAGCCUGUCAUCCGAGACUCAUGGCCGGUUUCUGCUCACAUCCUGACGAGACCACGCAACGACUCUACAUUGACAGACCGUGACGACUAUGACCCCUUCAAGUACGAAGGUGGCGCAAAGCCGAUGCGUGGACCGUCGGGCUCAGUGGGGUCCCGCUCAGACAGCCCUCCUCGGAACACUGCAUCAAACAAUUCUCCUGGUAGCCUGAUCAGCAGGAUGCGAGGCAUUUUCGAGAACGCCCAGGCCAAGCAGGAGCCGGCAAGCCCAGUCCGGUCACGACCUGUGUCCGGUGUUUUUCACUCCGUGCGGCGCACCAAGCCCGACGGCGACGACGACGGCCCCGGGUACGAGCGCAAGGCAGGGUUCCUCAAUGAAGCCGAAGACGAAGUCGAUGAGCAGAGCGCACUCCUACGAAGCUCUGCUGGCGGGUUGGAGGCAAAUUGA